AUGUACGCUGAAAACACCCCACGCAGGGCAAAGCGCUUGCGUUCGGCCUCGGGCGCUGCUGUCGCAAUACCUCCGGACAAUCCUCGACUGUCUAGCCCAAUUUCCAGCGAUGACCAGGCUGAAGAUGAUGCUUACGGUUCCCCUCCAGCACCACAACUCAAACGUCGCGGUCGCAAACCUGGGGCGCUUUCACGCUCAGCACGUGAAGCUCAACGGAAGAUCAAUCACUCGCUCAUUGAAAAAGCCAGACGCACCAAAAUUAAUGAUGCUCUGGCCGCCUUAAGAGAGCUUGUGCCUGCGGAAUACAAGCGAGUCAAUCAAGCUGUACAGGCCAGUGAUGAGGAUGAAGACGACGAACGUAAGAAGGGCAAAGGAAAGGUGAAGGCAGGAGAAAAGGAAUUCAAACUUGAGAUACUGGUACGGACGGUGGCGUAUCUUCAGGACCUGACAGAGAAGGUGAAGCGCCUCGAGGAAGAUGGGUGCAAUCAGUGCAUUUGCCAAUCAUCUUCUUCUGACGCCAGAGGGUCCAAGCGAAGGAAGCAUGACGUCGAGCAGGAAGAUGGUGCAAUGACUGAAGUGGGAUCCAUUGAGGACUCGUCCUCCCGCCUGCCAUCCAUCUCUACCUGGCUUCCACAUUCGCAAGAACGGACUCGAAGAGCCCUGACUUCGUCCCAGUCACCAUCUACCCGGCCAGUUUCGAGCUCUUCAAAGUCUCCAUCACAACAGCUUCCAACACCUCCAACUUCCGCAAUAUUCACGAGCUCCUCCUCCGUCUCCGGAGUUCCACCCGUUCUGACCCUCCCCUCUCCGAGUACAUCCCUUCCGCAGUCGGGAACACAGAUUCAACCUUGUUUUUCUGGGUUUUCUCCACGACGGAGUCCCAGCGACACAGCAUUGUCCUCGCCAGUGUACACUCCAGAGGAUAAAACUGCCGCGUCGCUUUUGUUGCGCAUCAGUACCUCCACGCUCAUAACCUCACCACAACUGCCACUAAAGCCGGUGUCUCCGUCAAGUUCAAGAAACGAGUUACGAACAGAACGACCGCGGGAAGGGUCUGCCCAUGCACUGACACCAAGCCAUCUAUUAGGUUUGACAGGCCGCCCACAGGAAAGUUAA